AUGGGAAUCUCGGCAAAAAAAAGGGCUCGCAUAUGCACACGAGCGGUUGAAUCUGCACAACUGCAAGCGCCAACGAACAGCACGAGCGCACAGGGUGAACGUCGUCGUGGAAAUGUGCUUGGCGAUGUUGUUGACCACCCUCUGUUACUACAGCAACACCACUACUUGCUUGUUCUCUUCGUGUUUCUCUUCUUUGCUCACGCCACUGCAGUGCGUCAGAACUGGAGCGACCGCGCACACACUCCCACCCAUCAAUACACAAUGACGAAGUCAACGUCUCUCAAAAAUGGUAACGGCGGCAAGCGCGCCAGCGAGGCGCCAUCGCAGAAGGUGGUGCUCAAGAAGGCCAAGGCAGAGGUGGCAGCCACGCUGCGCAAGUCGUCGCACGGCAGCCAGAGGCCGCUGAACUUCUUCUCCUGGCUCUUAAAGACGUCCCGCGUGGAGUUCUUCCGCAAAUACUUUGAAAAGAAGCCUCUCGUUGCUUCGCACGGAAAUUGCGAGUACUUUGCAAGGGGGCUGCCUGGUGUGGUUCCCCCGGUAGACUGGUCCACAAAGCGCAUGCUAGAGCACAUCAAGAUGCACCCGUCGCGCUACGGCACCGACCUCAACGUUGUCAAGUUCGAUUCCAAGCUGAAAAAGCGCGUCUCCUACAGGACGGAGGGUCUUGUUGAUGCGGCAGAGCUGGAGAGGUGUAUGAAGACAGGGUGGUCCGUUCGCUUUCUCCGACCUCACGAGUUCCUCGAGAGUAACUCUGCCUUCAUCGGGUGUAUGGAACAGGAGUUCAACUGCUACUGCGGCGUGAACAGCUACUGGACGCCGGCGAACAGUCAGGGAUUCGCACCGCACUACGACGACGUUGACGUGUUUCUUCUGCAGCUUGAGGGCGAGAAGCUGUGGCGCCUCUACGACCCGCCGGAGGAAGUCGAUGUGCUGACGCGCCACUCCAGCGAGGACUACGCCCCUGAGCAGUUGCCCACGCCAAAUCACACCAUCACCUUGAAAGCCGGGGAUGUGCUGUACAUGCCACGCGGUACGGUGCACCAGGGAAAGACCAACCUCAAGACACACUCGCUGCACAUCACUUUCUCAGCCAACCAGAUGAACUCAUGGGCAGACUUCAUGAUUCGCUCUGCGCAGUACACCAUCGAGACGCUUGCCGCCAACAAGCUGGAAUGGCGCUGCGCCCUGCCGCGCGAUGUACCACAGGUGAUGGGGGCGAUUAACCAUCCCGUCUUCCGCAACACCCACGGCCUUGCCGUGCUCAGCGAGAACCAGCAGGAGCGCCGCGCUAGUCUGCAGAAGAAGCUGCGCGAGAUGGCGGCGGAGGUGACGCUGCUUCUCACGGACGAGACGAACAUGGAUGUGUGUACCGACGUGUACGGCAAGGAGACAAUCCGAAAAAUGCAGCCACCCUCCAUGGCGUACAGUGGCGCGGCUUCGUCCUCAACAGGGCUUGACCACGCCUCCCACGUGCGCCUCAUCUCUCGCAGCUGCAUGCAGUUGUUGCUGAACGUGCCUGGCGAGGCGCGGGUUUAUCACAUUGGACGAAAUUCGGCCGUCUGCCUCGCUGGGGAGCUCGGCGAGCUGCGCUUUGAGGCCGAAUUUGCGCCAGCAAUUGCCACACUGCUAUCGAGCUACCCAAAGACAAUGUUAGUGGCUGCGCUGCCCUUCCCGGGCUUCGACGAUCCCGAGGAUGUGGCGGAGAACCAACUGCUGCUCGUUGAGACGCUGCGGGAUGCAGGGCUGCUGCACGUGGUGUCCUCUGCUAACGGUAACGCAUCGAGUUAG